AUGACCAUCAUUACUUCUCCGAGUAGAAAACAGGGCUAUAAGCUGGUCUUACUAGGCGAUGCCUCUGUCGGGAAGACUUCCCUCGUGCAAAGAUUUGUCCACAACUCUUUCGAGGAUACCGUCCAGACAACCAUCGGUGCCGCCUUCUCCACGCAGGAUCUGCUCGUGCCAGGAUCGAAUAGAUCCAUCAAGUUUGAAAUAUGGGAUACUGCUGGCCAGGAAAGGUUCCGGUCCUUGGCACCGAUGUACUACCGCAAUGCAUCGUGCGCUAUAGUAGUGUACGACCAGACUUCAAUGGCUAGCUUCGUGAGGGCUCAAGACUGGGUGAAGCAGCUUUCGAUGGUCAACAAUCCAGACAUUGUCGUAGCGUUGGCGGCUAAUAAAAUGGAUGUCGCUGACCGAGAAGUCCCUCUCGCGACUGCUCGAGAGUACGCCAUGACCCACGGCCUAGUAUUCUGUGAGACUAGUGCUAAAACUGGUCAGAACGUCGUGGCACUGUUCGAGGCGAUUGCUCAGAAGUUGCCGUUACGGUCUAACCCUGUCGGGCCCACAACCACUCCGAUCACUCUUGGAAUGGGGAACACUCCUACUCAUGCUGCUACUACUACACGAGGAUGCUGUCGCUACGGCUGA